AUGGAAAACAUCAAUAUCCCUUCCCCAUCUGCUAUUCUAGACAUCCAACGUCCCUCCACGUCGGCUGAUGGGCUUUCCAACCCAUCUGUAUCUCCCAAGAAUUCGUCUGCAAGCCAGCGAGGUGCUGCCAAAGAUCGCAGCAAGCCAAAGCAGACCAAGAGCCGUAACGGCUGCAAAACUUGCAAGGACAAGCGACUGAAAUGUGACGAGACCAAACCAAGUUGUAUUCAAUGUAGGAAGCGAAACGUGACAUGUGAAGGAUACAUAAAGAAAUUCCAAUGGCGCAACGGCUAUUGGCAGAAAAAUCUGAAUGGGGGCACAAAUGGCAGUGCAAAUUCAAAAAAAGCUAUCCAAUAUCAGUCUAAUGAGAACUCAAGUUCAGAAACUUCAGGGUCAUCCAUCCCACAACACCAAUCCAGGGCAUCAAAGUCACAGCAAGCUGCGUCUAGUCUUCCUUCUUUGGGCUCAGGGUCUUUUAUGGGUCUUGCUGACCUGACCUCGAAAAAUGCAUUGCCUUCAAAACGCACGAACAGGCAUUCAUUUAGCGACAAGGAUUCUUUUGGCAAUCCAGAAGUGUUUGUUGGUCAGCUAACGCCAGUGAGCUUCGAUGAAGACAUUCUCGCGUCGUCAUUUACAGAUAUCUCGCCUUCAGACCAGAUUUCAUGGAUUUCUGAUGCCUCAUUGGUUGCAGUAGAGCAAAAGUCGGAGACUGAGCGCGAGCCCAAACGUGACCUUGGGCGCAACAAUUCCUAUGCACAAGAUGGUUUUAGCUUCGAAGAAUUGAUGGAAAUUGAUGAUGAGGAUAUCGAGGAGAUAGUACGAAGGCCCGACCGAAGUAUGAAGUCCGGGCGGCCGGAAAACGCAGACAUGAAUGUCGCACCGCAUCACGGACUGUUCAACAUCUGCAGGGAGCCCAACCUCGGCGUUGCAAGCCCAGAGAUGUUGGUUUUGCAAUUUGACAGGGUGACGUGCGGGAUACUGUCUGUAAAGGAUGGUAUUCAUGAGAAUCCGUGGCGUACUUUGAUCUGGCCAUUGGCCAAGGAGACUCCGGCUUUGUAUCAUGCUGUGUUUUCGCUUGCUGCCUUUCAUUCAAGCAAAGAGGUUCCAGCCUUGAGAGUUCAUGGUGUGGAUCACAUGCGCCAGAGCAUCACCCACCUAGUGCACGACAUACGGAACAUGAGGGUUGAUGCAGCAUUAGCCACGAGCCUGGCGCUUGCUUUUGCUGAUACCUGGGACCAACACACUCGUACCUGCAUUCAGCAUCUGAAAGGUGCCAAAGCACUGGUCUCGCAAGUGGUGGGGCUUGGUGCUCAAAGCGAGAUGCGUGGGAUUAACCUGAGCAGGGUGCGUUUCCUUUACAACACCUGGCUGUAUAUGGACGUAAUUGCUCGCCUGACCUCUCGUGAAGAAUCGGGGGAUCAGGAGGUGGAUGCACCCUUUUUCCAACCCCCAAGCCACGCUGUACAUGAGAUUGAUCCUUUGAUGGGCUGUGCAACGACACUUUUCCCUCUAAUCAAUCAAGUGGCUCGGUUGGUUCAGCGUGUUCGCAAGACGGCAUCCAAUUCCAUCUCGCUUAUCUCGCAAGCCAUAGAGCUGAAAAGGCUUGUUGAGCAGUGGGAACCCCCGCAAUUCUUCGAGCCCCCAGAGGACCCAUCUUCCGAAGUCCAACAUAGUAUUCAAACAGCCCAUGCUUAUCGCUGGGCAACACUACUAUACCUUCACCAGGCGGUACCUGAGAUGCCGUCGGAGCCGACCUCCGAGCUUGCCAAACGCGUGCUGAUCUUGUUGGCUACCGUUCCUUCCAGUUCUCGAACCCUAAUCAUCCAGAUGUUCCCUCUGCUGGCGGCAGGGUCCGAAGCAGAGCAAGAGGAUGAUCGUCAGUGGGUGUUGAGCCGGUGGGAGUCUAUUCAAACGCGCCUCAUGCUGGGCUCAAUCGAUCGCUGCAUUGAGAUAGUCCGCGAAGUCUGGGCCCGCAGGGAUGCGUUCGAAGAUGAGAAACAACGGUUGCGGGGAUCGUCUGGGCGCGGGGCCAACUCUGUCAUGGAGACUUUGACGAAUGAUAGAGUACCUCUCACUAGCCUUAAGUCGAAUGAUCAAAUGGUCCGUAGUACCUACGCCAAGGAGCCAUGGAGAAGGACGAUCCAGGAGGAAUGGUUGGCCUCUAAGGCUACUAUUGGACACUCACGACGGAGCUCCGCCAUGUCCCCGUUGGAGAAUAUUGAAUUCGAAAAGACAGUUCGCGGCAGGUUGCACUGGAUUAACGUAAUGCAGGAUUGGGGAUGGGAAGUGUGUUCGACACGAGCGCAUCUUCAUCACAGGGCGGGGGCGGCCACCACAAUCGUUAUUCUUGCUUCCUUUCCGGCAUGGCUGCUCUCGCUGGGCUGUUUCGUCGGAAUUACUCGAGCUGGUAUUCGUCUCGGAGUCUUCGGCUGGAUCCUCUGUUGGAGAAGCUGGGGGCUUAUUCUUAGCCAGAUACGAUCGGAGAGAGGCCAGAUAAGGCUCCAGAUCGCUCGUUAUGGACACGGUAGUAGCCAUGGUUGCGAGGGCUGUACAAUGAUUGCCUGAAGACGAUGGAAGGGUUGAUGGCGCGACGGAGAAUAUAUGUCUUUUUGGAAUUGUUUGAAUGGGUCUUGUCGCGCGCGGGGUCUUACAAAUCUGGAGCUUGAAAUCAGCAAGGCGUUCUGCGAUGAGUGUAGCGAAUAGUCACAUUCUUUACGGGACUACCUGGACGUUUGGUCAGAUCCCGGGGUGCUUUCUUUUCGGAAUGAAUUAUUGUCGAGCUAUGGCGCGUCGGUAUAUGAUCUUGAGUGUCGCUAGGGAAGAGAAAGAUUUCUGGCCGGGAUUACUGGCAGACUGGAUGGCGCAUGGGACAGACGAUAGCAGUUCGCAAGGGGAGUGUACUAGGAGUACUAAGACCGACUUUCUGGCGAUUUGAAUAUAGGUCUGAAUGGGGGCAGACAGGCGACAGCAGGCGGGCAGUCAGCAGUCAGUCGCAGUGGACAGUUUUUGAUGAUUUGUUCGAUCGUAUACAACUGUCUACAAGAUGAACAGUCG